UGCAGCAGACCAGUGUGUGAGACAACAUGACAGCAUUUGUGUAUUCGGUGUUGUUUGCGAUGCAAAUAUCGCUUAUUUAUUCGUCGUCUAUACCACAGAUAUACUCUAGGUGUAAAUUUUGGGAACCGGAAUGCCUGGCUCGGCAGAUACAGAUCAACGUGCCGUCCCUGAUCUCUGGUAUCAGGGAGUUGGGUACAGAGGUUCUGGACCCUAUGCACAUUGACUCUGGCCGCAUUGACCUGGCUGGACUGAAGAUGGACCUCACUAAUGCGGUUAUCCGCGGAUAUGGUAAAGCUGUCGUUGAUAGAGCUAGCGUGGAUCCGUUUGCGAGACAGUUAUAUUUGGUGUAUCACACUGAUAUUACUAUAGAUUCUGAAUACAAUGCCGGAGGAAGACUUCUCGGCUCACCAAUUGCUGGCGAUGGGAAUAUAAGGAUAAUAAUGAGAAAUGUGCAGAUAGAAGCUCUGUUGCCAUUCGACAUCGUUAAAGACACUCACGGCAGAGCUGUGAUCGAACUAAAGAGUAUCCAAUCCAGACUACACUUUAGGAACAAUGUGCGAUUUGACCUCUCUAACUUGUUCUACGGUGAUAAGGAAUUGAGUGACUCAAUGCAUCAGUUCAUAAACUCCAACUGGAAGACAGUAUCAGAAACUUACAGCAAGCCAAUUUUCGACAUCGCACAAGACAAGCUUCUAAAAGUGCUAAGAUCUUACCUCUUGACGCAACCCCUGGAGAAUAUUUUCAACUUUUUUAAUUAGUUCGACGACAGUCAAAAAUCGCAUU